AUGUAAUUUUUAUUCAUAAUUUUUGGAUUCCAUAUUCUUCUAAUAUACUCAAAAUCUAAACCUUGUGAAAUACAGUAAAUGAGACCAAAAAUAUCAUGUCAAAUAACAAUAUAAGAUUGUUUUAUAUUGGAAGGAGAUGAGGAAGAUUAUUAUAAACUCAAAAAAAUUGAUAAAGAAAUUAUAUAAAAAUCUUUUACUAUUCCUUAUAAAGAUAUGCCUAUUUUAAUUAAAAUGUUCAAGUAAUUAGAAUAUAGUAUGAUCUAAUAUUAACUAAUUUGUUCAUUAAUUAAGAAUUACAAAUAUUAUAUAACAUGUAUUAGCUUUGAUUUAAUAAAUUAUGUUGAAAACAAUCAUGAAAGUAUUAAAAUAGAGACAAAUAUUUUAUCAGAAGAGAUAUGUGAUGAAAUGUAUUAAUUAGAUGAUGGAAGAAUAAUUCUAUUUUGCAUAAAAUAAUUCAGUUUAAUAUAAUAUUCUGUAAAUCUAAAUGGAGAUGUUAUUCUUCUACUUGAAUAUAAUAUUUCUGAUUAAAUUUAAGAUAAAUGUAAGAAGAUAUAAUAUAAUAAGGAUAGAAAAAAUCAAUUUAUAAUAGCAUUUAUCUAAUGUUCAAAAUGGAAAAUAUUUGAUAUUAAUAGUCAAGAAAUAAAAAUUAUUUUGGAAUCAUAAAUGUAAGAUUAUUAGCCAAUCCUUAAAUAAUUUAAAAAUGUAAGUGAUGUAUAAUUUUGUUAAUUAGGAUCUCUAACAUUAUUGAUUUUUGAAGAAUAUAAUUAUCUUCAAAUUAAAUAUGAACCUCAUGUUGGAACUACUUAUGAAUUCUUAAAAGGGGAAUAUUUAAUUUUGAAAAUAAUACCAUUAAGAAAAAUGUGUACUAGUAAUAUGAUAAUCAUAUAUUAAAAAUAGACAAAUUUGUAACCAUUUCAAAAAAUAAAAAAUUAGAUCGUCUUAAAUUAUACAUAUGAUAUAGACAAUAUUCAUUUAUUUUCUAAUUAUCUCUUUAUUUAAAAUUAAACAUAACUAAUAAUUAGAAUAGAUUAACAUUUAAUUUAAACAUAUGAAAUUUUAAAUUCAUCAUUAAUUUUCUUUGAUUAAUAUAAUCUAUUUUAUCAAAUAGACAAAACAUAACUUAUGGUAUAAUUCUAUAGAUAUUUUCCAAUUAGUAGUUUUAUUGAACCUAAAUUAAAAUAUAUAUAUAUCAUUAUGAAACUAGAUUUGAUAAACAAUUAAUCAUUAAAUUCAUGUAUAAGAAUAUAGUAUGAAAAUAAUACAAUCGAAUAAAGGCAUGAAUUGGCAAAGGCCUAUAUCUAUAGAAAUUGUGAACUACAAUAGGAAACAACAUUACCUAUUCAAAAUAUUUUUAGAAUUUUACAACAAUAAUUUACUGUAAAUAAUAAUAACAUUAAUUUGAGUAUUUGGAAUGAAGCAAAUACAGAUUUCAUAUGUUAUUAAAGACUAAAAAGUUAUAAAUUUAAAAGUAAGACUUAAUUAAGAUCUAUUCAAUCAUUAAAUUAUUUAAUUUUUCAAAAUGAAAAUUUCAUAUAUUUCCAUAAUUGUUAAUAAAACAAAAUUGAAAUGAUCAUAAAUACUUAUCAAUAUUAAGUAUUACAAUAUCUAGAUGACUAUUAUUUAAUUGAUAAGUAGAAUAAAUAAUUAAAAGUAAUUACAUUUAUUUUAGGCUAUUUAAAUUAAAUAGUAUUAUAUAAUAAUAUUGAAAUAAUAAAAGCUGAAUAAAUUUAGUAAUCAUUAAUCAUUCAUGUGAAAAAUGAAAAAUUCCCAAUAUUAAUAACCAAAAAUUCAUUUUAAUACUAGAAUAUAUAUNUAAGAUAAAUGUAAGAAGAUAUAAUAUAAUAAGGAUAGAAAAAAUCAAUUUAUAAUAGCAUUUAUCUAAUGUUCAAAAUGGAAAAUAUUUGAUAUUAAUAGUCAAGAAAUAAAAAUUAUUUUGGAAUCAUAAAUGUAAGAUUAUUAGCCAAUCCUUAAAUAAUUUAAAAAUGUAAGUGAUGUAUAAUUUUGUUAAUUAGGAUCUCUAACAUUAUUGAUUUUUGAAGAAUAUAAUUAUCUUCAAAUUAAAUAUGAACCUCAUGUUGGAACUACUUAUGAAUUCUUAAAAGGGGAAUAUUUAAUUUUGAAAAUAAUACCAUUAAGAAAAAUGUGUACUAGUAAUAUGAUAAUCAUAUAUUAAAAAUAGACAAAUUUGUAACCAUUUCAAAAAAUAAAAAAUUAGAUCGUCUUAAAUUAUACAUAUGAUAUAGACAAUAUUCAUUUAUUUUCUAAUUAUCUCUUUAUUUAAAAUUAAACAUAACUAAUAAUUAGAAUAGAUUAACAUUUAAUUUAAACAUAUGAAAUUUUAAAUUCAUCAUUAAUUUUCUUUGAUUAAUAUAAUCUAUUUUAUCAAAUAGACAAAACAUAACUUAUGGUAUAAUUCUAUAGAUAUUUUCCAAUUAGUAGUUUUAUUGAACCUAAAUUAAAAUAUAUAUAUAUCAUUAUGAAACUAGAUUUGAUAAACAAUUAAUCAUUAAAUUCAUGUAUAAGAAUAUAGUAUGAAAAUAAUACAAUCGAAUAAAGGCAUGAAUUGGCAAAGGCCUAUAUCUAUAGAAAUUGUGAACUACAAUAGGAAACAACAUUACCUAUUCAAAAUAUUUUUAGAAUUUUACAACAAUAAUUUACUGUAAAUAAUAAUAACAUUAAUUUGAGUAUUUGGAAUGAAGCAAAUACAGAUUUCAUAUGUUAUUAAAGACUAAAAAGUUAUAAAUUUAAAAGUAAGACUUAAUUAAGAUCUAUUCAAUCAUUAAAUUAUUUAAUUUUUCAAAAUGAAAAUUUCAUAUAUUUCCAUAAUUGUUAAUAAAACAAAAUUGAAAUGAUCAUAAAUACUUAUCAAUAUUAAGUAUUACAAUAUCUAGAUGACUAUUAUUUAAUUGAUAAGUAGAAUAAAUAAUUAAAAGUAAUUACAUUUAUUUUAGGCUAUUUAAAUUAAAUAGUAUUAUAUAAUAAUAUUGAAAUAAUAAAAGCUGAAUAAAUUUAGUAAUCAUUAAUCAUUCAUGUGAAAAAUGAAAAAUUCCCAAUAUUAAUAACCAAAAAUUCAUUUUAAUACUAGAAUAUAUAUCUAUCUGAAUAGCUUAUUUAAUCAGAAUAAAUUCUUUUUUAUCAAAAUUAUGGAACUUAUACAUUUAUUCAAUAUCCAAAUCUUUUUGCCUUUGAAUAUAAAGGAGAGGUUUAGUGUUUUUAAUUUUCUGACCUUUUAAUCAUAUCAGUAAAGAAUUGGCUAAAAGGUCUCUUUUAAAUUUAUGUAAUAUAAAAUGAAACUAAUUCAAUACUUCUUUAUUAUACUAAUACAUUUGAAUUACAUUAAUUCUAUAAUUAUACUUUAUAAGAAUAUAAAUUCUCAAAUCCUCUAAAGUACAUUUGCAAUUUGAAUAGAAUUGCUAUUUUAACUGAAUAAAAUUCAUCCUUUUUUAUUGCUUUAUUCAAUUAUACAGAUACAUCAAUUAAUUUAAUUGAUAUUAUAGAAACUGAUGAUAUCUAUUUUGAAAUACUAAAUAACACAUUAAUAUAUUUGAAAAAUUAAUAAAUAAGACAAUUUUAUUUGAAUGAAGUAGUUGCAUUAAUCAAAACUAAUAUUAGUAUGUAAAAAAACUUAUAUAUACAUUUUCAAUAACCAUUGAAACCAAGUUCAAAAUUGAAUAAUGAGGACAUAGACUUAAGGCUUUUAUUCUAAAAUGAAUGUUAUUAAUUAUUUACUUUAAAGAAUUCAAUUUCUUUAAAACUAUAUAAAAAUGAAAACUUAUAUCUAAAGAUUUCUGAAAUGUUUUAGGGUCCAAUAAAUAAUUUAACAAUAGUUAGUAAUCUCUAAAUUUAUUUGAAGAAUCCUUUUUAAUUUAUAUACUAAAUUAAUUAUUGUAAUAAUGAAAUGUAGAUAUGUAUUGAAGAAUUAAAAUUUUCUUAAUAAAUUGAAACAUAAAAAAUAUGGUAUUCAUUUUUUGUAAUUGUUUAUGAAGAUAAAACUAUAUGUCAAAUUUUAUAAAAUAAAAAUGAUGAUCAUUUAAAUCAAGUAUUUUGGAUAUCAGAUUAUUCUUUCAUAUAGUUUGGUUUAUUUGAAAAUAGAUUAAGCGUUAGAUUAUUAGAAUGUUCUCUACAGAUGAAAGGAAACUGUGAGGAAAUCUAGAUAUUAGACAUUAACUUUUUUGCUGAAAUACCUCUUAGUUCUAACAUUAUCAAAAGUGAAAAUUUGUUUAAAAUAUAAAAUACAUUAGAAUAGAUUUAUUUAUAUAUAUCUAAAUAGAAUUUUACUCUUAUUUAAAUUCCAGAUAUUCAUUUUGAUAUUUCAUAUGUCUAAAAUUCUGAAAAUUUGUUUAUAGCUUUAUCAGAUGUAGAUCGAACUUAAGUAGAAUUAACUAUUUAUUAAAUUAAUUUUAAUGGUUAUGUUAAGAUAUUCUCUAAGAUAAUCACAUAAGAAAUUGAAAAUGCAUUACCUAUAUAAGGCAAAACUCUUAUUUUAUAAAUAAUUUCAUGUUAGUUGAAUGUAAAUAUUAUAAUUGUAAAUAUUAUGUUGAAAAAUUAGAGGAAUUUGUUUAUGAUCAAACUUAAUAUCAAUAUAUAAGAUGGUUUUAUUAUUUCUUAUCAUUUGUAAAAAGAAAUUAGAAACAAAUUAUUAGAUAAUUAUUAUAAAUUUGUUUAUGUAGAUGAGAAUUAUUUGGUUUUGAAUUUGAAAUAAGUUUAAGGUACGUUUUUAUAUGAUUUAUAAGAAGAUAGGCCUUUUUAUGAUCAUAACUAUUUUACAUUACAUCAAAUUUAAAUUACAAGAAUAAAUACUACUCAUUUCACUUUUAGGAAUAAUUCAUAGAUUUAUAUAGGAAUAAUAUAAUAAUAUGAAAUUGAUCUAGAAAAUAUCAAUGAUAUAAAUUUUAACUUUAUCUUAUAUGCUUAAAAUGAUUUAUCUAAUACCUAAAUUUAAAUCAAUGUAACUCAUGAAAUAUCUUUAAAUAAUUUGAAUAAGAAUAUUAUACUGAUUGAAUUAACAAAUUUGUUUUUAAUUUUAUUUAGAAUUAUGUGUUGUAGGAAUAAAUAAAAGAAAUAAACAACAUAAUGA